AGGGGUAAGCACUUUCUUACUCCGGAUCAGCAGCAGCAGCAGUCAGAGAAGGAGCAGAAUCUCCAGGAAGACUCAGAUUGUGACACCCAGAAGAAACUUAUCUUUGGAGAUGUGGAAGUCGGUGGUGGGGCACGAUGUGUCUGUUUCUGUGGAGACACAAGGUGACGACUGGGACACAGAUCCUGACUUCGUAAAUGACAUCUCUGAGAAGGAGCAGCGGUGGGGAGCCAAGACCAUUGAGGGCUCUGGAAGAAAAGAACACAUCAACAUCCACCAGCUGCGGAACAAAGUGUCAGAAGAACAUGAUGUCCUCAAGAAAAAAGAGAUGGAAGCAGGGCCCAAGGCAUCCCAUGGGUAUGGAGGCAAGUUUGGGGUAGAAAGAGACAGAAUGGAUAAGAGUGCACUGGGCCAUGAGUAUGUUGCUGAUGUGGAGAAGCACUCAUCUCAGACAGAUGCUGCAAAAGGAUUUGGGGGAAAAUAUGGAGUUGAGAGAGACCGGGCAGACAAGUCAGCAGUCGGGUUUGAUUACAAAGGAGAAGUGGAAAAGCACACAUCUCAGAAAGAUUACUCCCGAGGCUUUGGAGGUCGUUAUGGGGUAGAAAAGGAUAAACUGGACAAAGCAGCUGUUGGCUAUGACUACAAAGGGGAGACAGAAAAGCAUGAGUCUCAGCGAGAUUAUGCCAAAGGCUUUGGUGGUCAAUAUGGAGUGCAGAGGGACCGAGUAGACAAGUCAGCAGUUGGAUUUGAUUACAAAGGAGAAGUGGAGAAACACACAUCUCAGAAAGAUUACUCCCGAGGCUUUGGUGGUCGUUAUGGGGUAGAGAAGGAUAAACUGGACAAGGCAGCUGUUGGCUAUGACUACAAAGGGGAGACAGAAAAGCAUGAGUCCCAGCGAGAUUAUGCCAAAGGCUUUGGUGGUCAAUAUGGGGUACAGAAGGACCGAGUAGACAAGAGUGCAGCCAGUUUCAAUGAAAUGGAAGCUCCAACUACAGCUUAUAAGAAGACCAUACCCACAGAGGCUGCUUCCAGUGGGGCCCGUGGACUGAAGGCGAAAUUUGAAUCCAUGGCAGAAGAAAACAGGAAGCAGGCAGAAGAGAAACAACAAGAACGAAAGUUGGUGCCAAAGAAACCUGUAGUACCAACUCCAGUCCCCAAGAAAAUUCCCUCAGAGGAUAGGUCUCAGGUGGAGAGCUGCCUGCCAUCCAAGAUAGCACCCACAGCAACACAGAAAGAGCUUCCUCCGGUGCCAACCCUGCCCUCAAAGAGGGCUCCCUCAGAGGACAAUAAUGAGUGGCCAGAUAAUGAGGAGCCACCAGCUCUGCCCCCCAGGACUCCUGAUAGGUUCCAGACUCUGGAGGAACCAGUCUAUGAAAUAACACCAGAGGCAGAGCUAGAGCCAGAACCAGAACCAGAACCAGAACCAGUGCCAGAGCCUGAGAAUGAUUAUGAAGAUGUCAUGGACCUGCAAAAAUCAGACCUGGAUGGAGAUCAAGAGAAUGACUAUGAAGAUGUAGCACAACAAGGUGAAGAAAAUGCAGAUGAUUAUGAGGAUGUCCUGGAACCUGGUCCUUCUGCUGGAACUGCUGUCAUUGGAUCCAAGGCUGGAUCUACAGGAAUCUCAGCCAUUGCCUUGUAUGAUUACCAAGGAGAAGGCAACGAUGAGAUAUCCUUUGACCCAGAUGACACUAUCACUGACAUCGAGAUGAUAGAUGAGGGCUGGUGGCGGGGACAUUGCCGCGGUCGCUUUGGUCUCUUCCCAGCAAAUUAUGUCCAGCUCCUUCAGUGAUCUUCUCUGCCAUUAUCCUGCCAUCUGUCUCAAUAACUCAUUUGCCUAGAUCCUUCUUCUUUGCCUCACCCUGGUCCUACCAGGAACUUCUACCCCUACCUUGUGCUCUGCCUUGCACUAUAAAAUUAGCUAGCAUGUAUUAAGUGUCUACUAUGUGCCAGGUACUGUGUUAGGCACUGAGGAUGCAGAGAAAUAUAGGUGAUCCCUCAAAGGGCUCACAUUCUAUUGGAGAGGGGAGGGGAGCCAAAGUAGACAUAUAUAGCUAUGUGCAAGAUGGGUAAUAGAUACAAAGAGGAAGCAAGGAGAUAUAAAGAAGCAAGACAGGGAAAUAAGACGUCAGUUUUCUCUUAUCUUCAAGCCACAAAAUAGAUUAAGCAAAUACAGAAACACCAUUUAAAAUUGACUGGGAUUCCCAUCUCUUCCCCCAACUUCAGGCUGCCUCUUCUCUCCCAGGGACUCUAGUUUAACUCAAUUUCAAAAUUUUGUUAUUCCCUACCCCAAAUACAGGGCUCCUUGCUCAUGGAGUCCUGAGAGGGAAUUGCUAAUAUUUCCCUUCCCUUCCCUUCCAUGAUUUUCUAACCAUACCUGCUCCUUGGAAUUGGAAAUAAAGUGACUCUAUGGUUUUUUGUUUA